AUGUGCGUCUGAAACAUUAGCUACAGGCGAUUAGGUUACCUGUGAAAGGAAAAGGCGGCUCUCUUGACUAAAUGAAACUUUAUAUUGUUCCGCCAUUUGGCUGCUGGAGUGCUUUGUAAAGCCAUGUGCCACACUGAGGCUGUCUAAGCGUGUCUUUACGUGUCUUCGCGUGCACUGAGUGGAUUUUUAGCGCUCGUGAAGCAUUUAGUCGAAGCCAGCGCGUUGCCUGUGCAGCGUAUGCGCUUAAAGCACACGCACCUGUUCCGCUGCUGCGUUUGUUAAAAGUAAGAGGAGACUACACACAGGGUGAACUUUGCACGUUUAGUGGAUGCUCAUCGGAGGGGAACGGAGCUAACGUUUAACCGUCGAGCAGCCGGGGUCCAGCUGCACAUGCUCCUGGGUCAGCGAUGGAGAAUAGCUCUCACACACUGCCACCCUCGUCCCUUCUCUUUUCCUCCUCACCGCAGCAGAGCUGCUCCAGCGGCCGGCUUUCCCUCCCGCUCUCGCCCAUUUCAUUUCCCCCAUCGCCUACCUCACUCUCUCCAGCGACCGCCGAGUCCGUUCACUCUUCUCCCCCCAUGUCACACUGCACCGCGUCCCAGUGCCUCAUCCAGGCAAACAUAUCUGACCAAGAUGACCUCACUUGCCUCAACUGGCUGCAUCAGAGGGGCAACCUGCUGCCGCUGCAGCCCCUUCCCAAAAUGGCACCUCUGCCUCAAUUAGAGCCAACCCAGCCUCUACCUCCUGCACUGGCCAAACCACCGUACUCCUUCAGCAGUCUGAUUUUCAUGGCGAUAGAGGAUUCGCCGAACAAGAGGCUUCCGGUGAAGGACAUUUAUGAUUGGAUUGUGAACAAUUUUCCCUACUACAGAACGGCCUCUGGAGGCUGGAGGAACUCCGUUAGACACAACCUGUCGCUGAGUAAGAGCUUCCGUCGUAUUCAGAGGGACAAAAGCCAGGUAGGCACUCAGUCCGUAGGGAAGGGAUCACUGUGGUGUGUUUGUCCAGAGUAUCGGCCAGCGCUUCUCGAGGUGCUGCGGAAAACCCACAGUUAUCACAGCACCAACAGCAGCCUCAUCAACAAGCCAGCUCUGUUGGAAGGGGCUGACUACGGACUGCCUGCAGUGUGCGACUCUAUGGAAAUCUCAGAUCCUCUUACUCGAACCCUCCUCCUCUCAACGACCUCACCACAAAUUAACGCUGAUACCCUAAGCUUUGCUGAAAACCCACCGUUCCCUUUGACCCCUGAUCACGAGGAGCUGGUCACAAUGGAUUCAGUAGAGUACCAGCAGGAGGAGGUCAUUGACGAAAUGGAAAAGGACCCCCUCUCAGACAGCGGGUAUAUCGAGUUACACUACUACCAGUCUCAGCAGUACCAGUACCUGGUGGUACCAGGUGACACAGAGCUGGACCUGGAGACGGUGGAGAUACUUCAGCUUGAUACGGAAGCGCAGGAGGCUGCUGGGUCACUGCUGGAUCUGGCAGGUGGUGGCUAUUAAAUUCAUGUUAAUUUAACAUUUACAUUUAACAGUAUAUAAUCCCACAAAUCAACAUAAAUGUGGAUAUAUGUUUCAAGUCUUACUUUGUGGAUGGGAUGAUGAUAACUGACAUAUCUGCUUUUUCUGUGACACUGCCACUGCACUAAUCUUGUGUAUAUAUUUUUUUAGAAAAUCAUUUAGAUCAACUUUACUAAUUGGCUUACAAAGCUUCACAGUACUUAACAUGUAUUUAUAUACUUUUAUUGCACAAGUUGAAUUUACCACCAUUACAUAGGUUACAAUAACAAUCUGGUCAAAGUGUUGAACAUGCAACAAAGUGCUACACACGGAAAAACAAGAACAAAAUUACACAAGGUAUUAGUGUUUAUAGUGUGUUUAAAAGUCAUUUCAUUUGUUGGGUUUCCACUGUGAUUUUUACACACUGACAUCAACUUCAGAAGCUGAAUUACAGCUUCUAAGUCAAGUAGAUAUACCGGUGCUAAAUCAAAAUAUUUUCUAAUAAAGAU